AUGGCUUCUACAAGUCGCGGGCGACUAUUCACAUCGCCCAUUUUAUCAAUUGUCGUCCUUCCUUUUCUGGUCCUACUCGCCUUAUUCUCAACCCCAGUGUCAGCAGCUGGCUCAGCUGUUCUCGGACUCGAUGUCGGAACGGAAUACUUCAAGGCCACACUAGUAAAACCGGGGAUACCACUGGAAAUUGUCCUAAGCAAAGACUCGAAGCGCAAGGAAUCCGCAGCAAUUGCGUUCAAACCGACGAGAGAUAGCAAGGCACCUUUCCCCGAACGUUUCUACGGUGGUAACGCGCUGGCCCUGGCGGCUCGGUUCCCGGACGAUGUAUACAUCAACCUCAAGACUCUUCUGGGCGUUCCAUUCGACGAGGGAAAGAACGAGGCUGUCAAGGAGUACUGGAGCCGGUAUCCAGCUUUGAAGCUUGAAGCUGCCCCCGGUGAGCGUGGCUCAGUCGCAUUGCGCAGCAACCGUCUAGGCGAAGAGCAGAGAAAGACCGCUUUCCUUGUAGAGGAAAUUUUGGCAAUGCAAUUGAAGGAAGUCAAGUCCAACGCUGAUGCGCUUGCUGGCAAGGGCUCUGAUGUUCGCGAUGUGGUCAUCACCUACCCUGCUUUCUACACUGCGGAAGAGAAGAAGAGUCUUUCACUCGCAGCCGAAUUGGCAGGCUUGAAAGUUCAGGCUCUGGUCAGCGAUGGACUGGCCGUUGGAUUAAAUUAUGCAACCAGCCGCAAGUUUCCUAGCGUUUCCGAUGGCGAGAAGCCGGAGUACCACAUCGUCUUCGACAUGGGUGCGGGCUCCACGACCGCCAGUGUGCUCCGCUUCCAGAGCCGUAAGGUCAAGGACGUUGGAAAGCUUAACAAGACCGUUCAAGAGAUUCAUGUUCUGGGAAGCGGAUGGGACAAGACUUUGGGCGGUGAUUCGCUCAACGACCUGAUCGUCAAUGACAUGAUCUCAAAAUUGGCCGAUCAUCAGAAACUCAAGGACAAGGUGACCCCAGGCCAGAUCAAGUCUCACGGAAAGACUAUGGCCCGGCUUUGGAAGGACGCCGAGAAGGUUCGACAGGUGCUGAGUGCCAACACCGAGACUUCCACCAGCUUCGAGGGCCUUUACGACGAAGAGGUCAAUUUCAAAUACAAACUCACUCGCGCCGCGUUUGAGGAAAUGGCCGCUGGCCACAUUGCCCGUGUUGGCGGCCCUCUUGAACAAGCCCUCGCUGCUGCUGGAUUGACGCUCAACGAAAUUGACUCGGUGGUUCUCCACGGCGGAGCAAUUCGGACGCCAUUCGUGCAAAAGGAACUGGAAAAGGUCUGCGGGUCUGCCAGCAAGCUGCGCACCAAUGUUAACGCAGACGAGGCUGCGGUCUUUGGUGCGGCCUUCAAGGGCGCGGCCCUCAGUCCCAGCUUCCGUGUGAAGGAUAUCCGAGCCAGCGACGCAGCUGGUUAUCCCAUCGUUCUCAAGUGGAACGCAGAUGGAAAAGAGCGGAGCCAGAAGCUUUUCACGGCGGUCUCGCAGGUUGGCCCAGAAAAGCAAGUGACUGUGAAGAACCUUGAGGAUAUGGAAUUGAGCUUCUAUCAACAAGUUGGGGAGCAGAAUCUGCCCGUCCUUGAUGUCAAGACCCAAAAUCUCACUGUAUCGGUGAACAAGUUGAAGGAAACCUUUGGAUGUACCCCUGCCAAUAUCACCACCAAGUUCAAUAUUCGUUUGAGCCCGGUCAGUGGCCUCCCUGAGGUGACUAGUGGAAACGUCAGCUGCGAGGUUGAGGUGGAGAAGAAGGGUAGCGUCGUCGAAGAUGUCAAGGGUUUCUUUGGUCUCGGUUCUAAGAAGGGCGAGCAAGAGCCACUCGCAGAUAGCGAGGCCAGCGAAUCGAUCACUUUGGAAACCGAGGCCGAAACCUCUACCACUACUUCCAGCGGCUCUUCUUCGGCGACGAGUGUCAAGGAGGCCGUCAAGCCGACUACUCAGAUCAAGCUGGAGAUUAUUCCUCUUAGUCUGACCUCCGACAAUCUUGGAGCCCAGGCUCCCUCUGUCAUCGAAAUGGCUCGCAUCAAGGGUCGUCUGGCCGCGUUCGACGCUUCCGACCGUGAUCGUGUGCUGCGCGAGGAGGCCCUCAAUGAGCUCGAAUCUUUCAUCUAUCGCAGCCGUGAUCUCGUUGAUAACGAAGACUUCCUGGGCGUGUUGAAAGAAGACCAAGUAUCCCUCCUUCAGGACAAGAUCGCCAAGUCAAGCGAUUGGCUCUAUGAGGAUAGCGACAAUGCCCAGACGGCUGAUUUCCAAUCGAAGCUCAAGGAUCUCAAGGCCAUUGUCAAUCCUGCUUUGAAACGCAUGAAGGAAAAGUCCACUCGUCCCGCUCGAAUCCAGCUUCUCCAGGACAUGUUGAAGAAUGCCGAAUCCAUGAAGCAGAUGAUUGAGAACCAGAUUGCGACCGAUGAGCAGUCUUACUCCUCGUCGCUCUCAGCAUCCAGCACUUCUGCCACGGAGACCAGCUCGGAGUCAACCCCGUCUCCCUCCAGUAGCGCAGAUCCGUUGGACGAGCUGGAUGAUGACUUGAACUCGUCGGCGACCUCUUCUUCCUCCUCUUCCAAGACCAGCACAAAGUCCUCUGUUAGCGCUGUACCCACGGGACCCAAGUAUACUCUUUUCAACCCCAUGGACCUGGUGGCUCUCAACGCCAUUUUCGAAACGACCAAGCCUUGGCUGGAGACUCAGCUUGAGGCGCAGGAGAAGUUGACCGAUUCCGAUGAUCCCGCGCUGACCGUGGCUGAGAUUGACUCUCGGCUGCGGGAAUUCGAGCGUGUGCUCAAUCGCAUGUACGAACGCAUGACGGCUGCUGCUGGUCGUGAGGCCAAGAAAGAGAAGGCUAAGGAGAACGGCCAGCAAACUAAGAAGAAGGCGUCUUCCGAAAAGUCCAAGAACAAAGAUAAGAAAGCGAAGGAGGAUCAAAAGAAGCAGAAGCAGAAGCUCAAGGAUGAGGCGAAGGAUGAGCUGUGA